UGUGUGUUACUUCCCAGCUAACCCUACUCCUGUGAACGGCCAACCACCGUUUCUUUUUAACCCAACUCAACUUGUGAUUUACGCUUUGUAAACAAAAAUGAAGCCAUUUUUGAUUGCCGCCGUGCUGCUCAUCUCGACAGUGUCCGCCUCCUGGCAUGGUGCUGUCUCCACACAGUACCAGCAUCUGGACCCUCAUAGCCAUACCUAUUCAUACGGCUACGCAGAUCCAAACUCACAGAAGCACGAGACCCGCGCUCAUGAUGGCACCACGCGCGGCUCCUAUUCCUAUGUCGAUGGACACGGACAUUUGCAGUCUGUAUCGUAUACUGCGGAUCCACAUCAUGGCUUCAAUGCUGUUGGCACCAAUCUGCCACAAGCGCCAGCUGUGCCCCAUGUAGCUCCCGUCUAUGCCGCUGCCCAUUCCGCUUACGUGCCAUACGCUCAGCAUCCGCAUGGCAUCCACAUCCCGGUGCUCACCCAUGGCGGCGUCCCCGUUGACACACCGGAAGUUCAGCACGCCAAGGCUGCCCAUGCUGCUGCUCAUGCCGCUGCCGCGCACAAUGCUGGCCAUCAUCUGUACAAGCGUUCGAUCUAUGGCGGUGGCUGGGCCUAUGGUGCUGCUCCUGCUCACGUGCCCCUCACCCAUGGAGGCGUGCCAAUCGAUACACCCGACGUGCAGGCUGCUAAGGCUGAACACUAUGCUGCCCAUGCCAAGGCUCUGGGUCAGGUGGCUCAUGCCCAUGGUACUCCCGUCGAGACUCCCGAGGUUCAACACGCCAAGGCCGCCCACUUCGCUGCCCACGCUGCCGCUCGUUCCGGUCAUGCCAUCGCUCCCAUUGCCCACGGUGGCUACCAUGUGCCUGUGAUCCACAACGGAGUGCCCGUCGAUACACCCGAAGUGCAGCACGCCAAGGCCGCCCACUUCGCCGCUCUCUCCCAGGCCUCCGCGGCCAGCAGCUCUCACAGCUCCUGGGACGAUGGUCGCUAUGACGGCCGCUGGGAUGCCAGCCACGAUAGUCACGCCCAGAGUUACUCCUCCGGCUAUGCGCAUAAGGGUCCCAUCCACAUCCCGGUCAUCCACAAUGGUGUGCCCGUUGAGCCCGCCGAGGUGCAGCAUGCCCGUGCCGCGCAUCUGAGCGCCUUGGCAGCGGCCAGUCACGGUGCUGCCUCCCACGGUGGCUACUACGGUGGCUCUGCGCACGAGGAUGAUGGCCAGUACCGUGAGCAGUACAACCACUACUAAGUCGAGGAUCUGCCAGAGUCUGCCAUUCACCACAACGAUAACGACGAGCUCUUCUAUAUAAUCUGCCCGACUCUCUAACGACUACCGAAGGCAGCUGUCUCUUUCACGCCACCUGUCUAACUAUCUGCAACUACAUAUCUACAUCCCUGUCAUACACACACGCACUCGAUCGGAAAAGGACUACACAUGGGAGAUCUGAGCUGCUGUCUCACUUGCCCGCCAACUCUCCGGAUCGCUUCGAGUAGUGCACCUCGUCCUUUUCAACUCUUGAACUCUCAAUGAUUAUUUUCAGCUCUUAUACUCUACUUAUACUGUUCUUAUACUGUAUAACUCUUUCUGUCUUCGACCGACAUCAGCUUGAUGCUCAAACUCUUCUGAUUUCCUUUGUCUAUAACUCUUCGAUUUAACUUUGCUUUGAGCAACUCUGAACCAGAAUGUUGUAAAUAAUUGUUGUAACUUUCAAUGAAUCUUGUACGAGUUAUGUAUCUAUAUAUUAUAUGAAACUGCAAACAGACAAAUAAACUGCAAAAAUGUAUUUGAA